UAGUUCAAGUUCCUGAGGGAGCAAAAUGUUUUUCAGUAACUUAUUCUUUAAAUGGUCAUACUAAUAAAUCCAACCAACAAAUUGUUGUGACUACAGGUGGUCUCUUUUUUUUUGAUGAAUCAGUACCAGUACAAACAACUCUUUCAUAUAAAAUUAUCGCUUAUUCUGGAAACCUUAAUCGAGGUGCAAAUCCCAAUAAUCCUAGUGAUAAUUUCUGUGAAGGAGACUGUGUAUCAAUUGCAGCAAAUUUAA